GCUUUUGCGGUUGAAGGGUUUAGCAUCGCUCCAUUGCUAUGGUCCUGGCCACUUCGUCGUUCUCUGGAGUUCUGUAGAUUUUCUCGUCUGUGUGUGUUCGCUCUGUGGAUUGAGUUGUCACGAUGUUGCGAAGGAACACACGUUUGCGGCGUGAGUAUCUGUAUCGCAAGAGCUUAGAAGGGAAAGAGCGCGUGCUGUAUGAGAAGAAAAGAAAAAUCAGGCAGGCUCUCGCUGAGGGGAAGCCCAUACCUACUGAGCUAAGGAACGAAGAGGCUGCUCUUCGUCAGGAAAUAGAUCUCGAAGACGACCAGACUCAGGAAUUGAAGAGCACUAUUGACGACGAAUAUAGUAAUGCUGGCAUUGAAAAUCCUAAGAUUCUUCUGACCACGUCGCGUGAUCCGAGUAGUCGGCUUACGCAAUUUGUGAAGGAAUUGAAAAUCGUGUUUCCUAAUGCUCAACGAAUCAACCGAGGAGGUCAGGUAAUAUCCGAAAUAGUAGAGUCAUGUAGAGCUCAAGAGUACUCCGACCUAAUUAUGGUUCAUGAGCAUCGAGGAGAGCCUGAUGGACUUAUUGUCUGCCAUCUACCAUAUGGCCCAACAGCUUAUUUUGGUCUCUCUAAUGUGGUUACAAGGCAUGAUAUCAAGGACAAAGGUGUCCUAGGUACUAUGUCUGAGCAAUAUCCUCAUCUCAUCUUCAAUAAUUUCAACACCAAGCUUGGGCAGAGGACCGUUAAUAUCUUGAAGCACUUGUUUCCAGUCCCAAAACCAGACGCGAAACGUAUUAUCACAUUUGCUAACCAAUCGGACUAUAUUUCUUUCAGGCAUCAUAUGUACGAAAAGCCGGCAGGUGUAAAGUCAAUAGAUAUCAAAGAAGUUGGUCCACGGUUUGAACUUCGGCUUUAUCAGGUGAAGCUUGGGACAAUGGACCAAACAGAAGCUCAGAAUGAAUGGGUAAUAAGACCAUACAUGAAUUCUGGAAAGAAACGUAUUGCUCUUUGAAAAAUGAGCUUUGUACCAGUCUUUCUCAACUUUUAUUUAAAUUACCCUUUUCACUACGAA